AUGAAGACCUCGGUACUCUUGGGCUUGAUGUCCCUGAACAUCAUCGACUUUACCAACGCUGGAGCCAUCUCCAUCCAAAAGGACCUCGCUUCACGAACGGUGAAAAAUGUCAAGUCUCGUGCUCUCCCAGAUGCACCAGAUGGCUAUGCCCCGGUGCAUGUCACCUGCCCCUCGAGCCGGCCUACCAUUCGGCCUGCUUCCGCACUGUCCUCCAAUGAGACCGCAUGGCUCGAAACUCGCCGUCAGAAGACCGAAUCCGCCCUGAAGGACUUCUUCGGGCAUAUCGAGAUUGAGAACUUUGAUGCUGUGAGCUACAUCUCAAACCACUCUGGCAGCGACUUGCCAAAUGUCGCCAUUGGCAUCUCGGGUGGUGGUCUUGUUGCGUGUCUGAAUGGAGGAGGUGCUAUUAAGGCCUUUGAUGAACGCACCGAAGGAUCCACAGCCAAAGGUCAGCUCGGUGGUCUGCUACAGUCAGCUACCUAUUUCGCCGCCCUCAGCGGUGGCUCGUGGGCUCUCGGCUCUAUCUAUGUCAACAACUUCACCACAGUGUCCAGUCUACAGCAGAAUCUGUGGGAUUUCAACUCCGAGGAGAUUAUCUACGGUCCCGCUAAGAUUCCGCACAUUGAACUCUGGGGAAACAUCUCGGCCGAAAUCAAGAGCAAGCGGGAUGCUGGAUUCAAGACGGGUGACGCCGACUUCUGGGGUCGUAUCCAGGGAUACAACUUCUUCAAUGCUAGCCAUGGUGGUGUUGACUACACCUGGUCCUCGAUUGCAAAGACCCAAUCCUUCCAGAGUGCUGAUAUGCCGAUGCCUCUGGUCGUCAUGACUGGCAACCAGCAAAGCACCGAGACCCUAUCAAGCUCCCCGGCCACAUACCCCAUCUACGAGACUACCCCAUGGGAGUGGGGUACCUACGACGAUGACAUCUACGGCUUCGCCCCCUUGGAAUAUCUCGGCACUCGCUUCGUCGACGGCGUCGUGCCUGACAACGAAACCUGCGUCCGGGGCUUCGACAAUGCGGGUUUCAUCACCGGCUCGUCCAGCGAUAUCUGGAACGAGAACGGACACGAUAUCAAGUACUAUCUCGGGCUAGCUCUCGAAGAAUACGAAGCCGCCGCGCCCAACUCCUCCACCGUGACGUUCCUGAAAACCGCCAUCGCGGACUUUGAUAACGCCGCCAGCUCCACCAACUCCAACAUCAGCGGGCCCGCCGCCUACGACCCGAACCCCUUCUACCACUACAACACCGCCACCUCGCCCUACGCGCAAACCACCAACCUGAUUGUCCAGGACGGCGGCGAAACCAGCCAGAACAUCCCCCUGUACCCACUCAUCCAGCAAAAGCGCAACGUCGACGUGAUCUUCGCCGUCGACUCCCUCGGCUCCGCCUCCUACGACUACUGGCCCACCGGCUCCUCCCUGAUCGCCACCUACAACCGCACCCUCCUCGACAUCGCCAACGACACCUCGUUCCCCGAAGUCCCUGACCUCGACACCUUCCUCAACCUCGGCCUGAAUGCCCGCCCGACCUUCUUCGGCUGCAACGCCUCCCAUCAGACCCCCUUGGUCGUGUACCUCCCCAACCACCCCAUCACCUACAGCUCCAACUACUCGCUCAUCCAGGGUCAAUUCACCGACGCCGAGCGGGACGCAAUCAUCACCAAUGGGUACAACGUCGCGACCCAAGCCAACGGCACGCUGGAUGCCGACUGGUCAACGUGUGUGGGGUGUGCGGUGCUCAGUCGCUCGUUGAAUCGCACCGGAACGACCACCCCGGAGGCGUGCACGAAGUGUUUCCAGCGGUAUUGCUGGAAUGGGACUGUGGAUGACGAGACGCCAAAGGCGUUAACAGUCUCCAUGGACAAUAGCUUAGGAUAA